GACGACGCUUUAUCAAAUUCAAAGGUCUAAAACCUCGUCGUUUUCUGCUGUUUCCUUCAGAACUCUGUCAUCUGUGUUCUUUUGCUGCUUUCUUUUACUUCACUCUGUUUGAGAGAGAGAGAGAGAGAGAGAGAGAGAGAGAGAGAACUAACAAACAACAACACCAAAUGCAAAUGUAGCCAUUUCCUUUUCUGAGUCUUACCCACUUCAACUUUCCCGCUCUCUUAACCAUUUAUGAAAUAUAAUCUCUCUCUCUCUCUCUCGCUCUUUCUCUCUCUAGUUGUCAUCCGUCUGUUCAUCUUUUCAGGAUGCAUUAAAUUUGCAUCAUAGUUUAGUUUUCUCUGUUUUUUUUUUUCCAGAAUAAAAAAAGAUGAAUACCAGAGUACGCACUAAUCUGCAGACCAUGAAAGCUGCUGCUGCUAUGAACCAUGAUAUUAAUAAAAAGGAGAAGAAAAUGGAGACUCAGAAGAGCAGAGCAAUGGGAAUUGAUAGAACUGCAAUCAAUCGGCGUAAAUCGAACCGAGAACGAAAAAUGGCAUUGCAGAAAGAUGUUGAUAAGCUGAAGAAGAAGCUCAGACAUGAAGAGAAUGUCCACAGAGCAUUGGAAAGGGCUUUUACAAGACCAUUGGGUGCUCUGCCUCGUCUUCCUCCUUAUCUCCCUCCACAUACAUUAGAACUUCUGGCUGAAGUAGCUGUUUUGGAAGAGGAGGUUGUUCGGCUCGAAGAACAGGUUGUUAAUUUUCGACAAGGCCUGUAUCAGCAGGCUGUGUACCUGUCCUCCAAGAGUAGUGUCGAAACUUUGAAUGAUUCGAUUGAGCAGACCCCGAUUCGAGGCUCUAAACAUCAGAGGUCAAAAUCUUUGUCACACAAUGAGUUCAUGUCAGCAACAUCGGCCAGCAGGCUUCAACCUUCUCUUGCUCGCUGUGCUUCGAGCAGAAGGAUGAUGUCCACUGAUCAUAUCGUCUCCGAUCGAACGGGGAAUUGUUCUACCAGGCAAGUCAAUGGAAAACAAACUCCCAGGAAACCCAAUUCCUUCACAACUAUUGCAGAAGAUGGUAGAGGAAAAGAGAAUUGGUUAUGUCCUAAUGCAGCGAAGGACAAGCAGUCUCCUGACAAGAAAACUGCUAAAAUUGUAACCCCAGUGAAAAAAUCUCGUAUGAAACAUGAAUCCGUGGCAAAAUCUUCGGACUCUUUGAAGUUAGAGCCAGAGUGCAGAUUAGUAGACCAGGAAAGAAUACAUGAGAGUUCAUCUAGUUCUUCGGAUGAUAGGGUUCUGGAAGCUGAUAACACUCCUAACAAAGUGUCUGAGGACAUUGUGAAGUGUUUGUCCAGCAUUUUUGUGAGGAUGAGCAGUUUGAAGGACAAGAUAGAGGAAUUGGGAAGUUCUAGAUCAACAUUAUCUGCUCAUGCAUCAAAUGGAGAGACAGGGUUUCGAGAUCCUUAUGGUAUUUGUUUGGAAUUCAGAGACAUAGACAUUGGCCCCUAUAAACACCUCCGUUCAAUUGAUAUUGGUUCGAUUGAUCUCAACAGAACAACAAGCGCGUUGAUUCUGAUGCACAGAUUAAAGUUCCUACUUGGAAAGCUUGCCACAGUGAGUCUAGAAGGUCUUAACCAUCAGCAAAAGCUUGCAUUUUGGAUCAACACUUAUAAUUCCUGCAUGAUGAAGGCAUUUUUAGAGCAUGGGAUACCUGAGACUCCUGAAAUGGUUGUAGCACUAAUGCAAAAGGCAACAAUAGGUGUCGGGGGGCACCCACUGAACGCAAUUACAAUCGAGCAUUUCAUUUUAAGACUGCCUUAUCACUUGAAAUUUACAUGUCCAAAAGCUGCGAAAAAUGAUGAGAUGAAAGCUCGCAGCAUUUUCGGAUUAGAGUGGUCUGAACCCUUGGUUACAUUUGCACUUUCGUGCGGAAGCUGGUCCUCCCCUGCAGUGAGAGUGUACUCAGCAGCUCAUGUGGAAGAAGAGUUGGAAGCAGCAAAAAGGGAGUAUAUACAGGCGGCAGUUGGCAUUUCAAGGACAAACAAACUGAUCAUCCCCAAGCUUUUGGAUUGGUAUUUACUCGAUUUCGCAAAGGAUUUGGAAUCAUUGGUGGACUGGAUUUGCAUGCAGCUACCAAAUGAACUGAGAAAUGAUGCAGUUCAAUGCCUUGAAAGGAGGGGAAGAGACGAACCCAUUUCACAGUUGGUGCAAAUAAUGCCAUACAAUUUCACCUUCAGGCUGCUCUUACAGAAAUGACAGACACGUUUUUUUUUUUUUUUUGUCAAAAGUUUUUGGUCCAAUUCUUUAGUAUGCAUAGUUUUGUGAACAGUGGUUAUGGUGGUGGGUUUGAUGAGGGAAACUUGAUAGGGACCGGUAGCUUUCACAUCGGGUAAGACCAAUGUACUGGUCGAGUGUGACCAAAAUACAGAAGGUUCGUGCUUUUCUGAGUUGCCCUGACGCGAGUUUUUCUCGGGUUUGUAUAUUGGUAUAGUAAACAAGGUACUGAAGUACAUAUAAAAUUGGGUUUGGGAAAGAGGGCAA